AGAUCUUUGAUGCAGACGACAAAAUGGCAGCCACCUAUGAGAGGAUGAUUAAACCGUGUUUUCAUCUCUAAUUUGUUCAUUUGGCCUAGAUAGACACUUCGUCAAUAACCAGCAAAUUACAUCAUCUGCGACUGGUCGAUUUGUGUUAUGUAUGUAAAUGUGUUGAAUGCACAUGGACAGGAAAUACAUGUGCAUCCAGAACACACAUUUCGUCGAGGCAGUGCUCGACCAGAUGCCAUCUUUCUGCAGAGAAACGAAUACGGAAGUGACUGGGCAGGGUGCUGUGCCCCUCUCAAAUUUGUCACAAUUAGCCAGUCGAUUUUCAGUCUCUGGUUCUUUUUCACUGCUGUGGUUUGUGUCGCGUGUGUCGCAUAUUUCGCGGUGGCAACGAAGGUAUAUAAUUCAGUCUUCUUAAAUUAUGUUGUAGCAGUGCUGCUGUCUGCAUGUAUAUUAUAUAUUCUUUAUAUUUUGUUCUGCAAAGUUAAAGAUGAAACAAUUGUUUUGCUUCCCUCCAUUGGUAUCCAGCUGCAGAAAUGCUCUGCAUUUGGUCAACAUUCCACUGAAUUCAUUCCAUAUGAUAUUGUGAAAGAUGUUGUUAUAAAUGAGGCUAUAUCUAUGUACAAAGUUAUUUAUUACCUAGUUGUGCUUGUGAACUCUCCAACUUCUGAUUCAGAGGAAUCUGUUAUACCUGUUUUUACAAAUUCAUUGCCAAGACUUGACAUCCUACGUGUAAUCUACAAUAUAUGCCAAGAAGCCUUACAUAGCCAUCAGCAAGAAAGACUAGAUCUUUCCAGAGUGUCAAUCAAACUUAACAGUUGACAUUUAUGUGAGACCUUAGCAACAGUAUCCAAGGGGUGGAGCUUAGCAGUAUGGUCCAUUACACUGAUCAAGACUGAUUGAGUUGUAUCGAAAAAAUGUGGACCAAGUUAGUACAGUAUGCGCUAGAGUUGCAUUAUGAUGUCAUUUUAAUACCGUCCUGAAAAUUAAUUAUUAAGGACAGGUUGUGUAUACAUGCAAAAUUUUUUUAUAUUUGGCCAUUUUGCUUAUUAAAUCAGAAAUAUUUCAUUUGUAUCAAACAGUAUAGAACUACAAGAAGUCCGACUCUUGUUGGAACAUAAUCUUAUUUCAAAAAGUACUGCCACGAGCGAAUCCUAAUAGGGCGCCCCUCAAUUCUAUACUCUUUGUAUUAAAAGUUACAUUUUGUAAUAAUGUAAGAUUUAUAUUGUGAAGUCUCAAAUCGCCCAGUUCAUACAGCUACAGGUAUAUGCAUGUAACAUUUUAUUACACACCGCAAGAGCGUGCGCUGCUGUUUCAAAAGCAUUUCAAAUAAAGAUAUACUCUCAUCUGCCCACUGCAAGGGCAUGAAUAAAUGGUCACAUGUUCAGAAUGAUUAAUAAAGGUGCAUGAAUCAUAUUAUAUUGCAUAUAAAUACUUUUUAGAAAAUAACACCUGUUUGAUAGAGAAUGGAACGUGCAUUAUAAUUUUUAAAUUUAAACAGUUUUAUAAAUCACUUAUAAUUUUACUGAAACUGUGAAAGUAAAUAUAUUCAAAAUAUAAAAAUAAUUUUUCAUUACUAUUUCUUUGUAUUACCAAGUACUGUGUGAUAAUAUAUCAUUAAAAUAAAUUGUUUUCAUUGAAAACAUUACAAUUAAUAGUAGCACCAAUAUUUCUCCAUCCCUCAUAAUUUCACCUUAACUAUUAUCAUCAUUAUUUCUUUGUACUAAAAAUUAUCCUCAAAUUACUCUUCAAAGUGCUGUGUUUAAUAAUACUGUUAUAUUAAAAUAAAUUGUUUUUCUACAAUUGAA